AUCUUCCAUUCUUUCCAAAAGGAGUAAUCUGGCUUUGGUUGUUUCGUUAUUAAUUAAAAGAUGAAGAGAUUAAGAGAAGAAGGUCACCAGGUAGAGAGCAUCAACAUGGCUAAAGUUCUCAUAUUUCUCUCUCGGGGUGUCGAAGAGGUCCGGGACUCGCCGGGCCGGGUGUUCGAGUGCAAGACGUGCAACCGCCAGUUCCCGUCGUUCCAAGCGCUGGGCGGCCACCGGGCGAGCCACAAGAAGCCGAGGAUGAUGGGCGACGGCCACGACCAGGCCCAGAGCGCGCUGGUGAAGCCCAGGGUGCACGAGUGCUCCAUCUGUGGGCUGGAGUUCCCCAUUGGCCAGGCCCUAGGAGGCCAUAUGAGGCGCCACCGUGGCGCGACCGAGAGUUUUGGGCACGGGCUCGUGGAGAAGAAGCCUGAUGGGAAGAGGGCAUUGUGGCUGGAUCUGAACCUGCCGCCAUCCGAGGCGCUGGACGACGUGGAGUGCAGGAAAGUAGGGCUUAGUUUCGAGUUUGUAGAGAAGACUCCUAUGGUGGUGGAUUGCUUCCAUUAAUCAAACAUGACCUUGUGGACCAUUGUUUGGUCCUUUCUUGCCUUCUACCUUUCCUUUUUCCCUUUUUUAAAUGUUGGUGUUGGUUUUUGGUGGGUGUGGGGGGGGGUGUGGUUGGGCUGUGUAGGGGAGGGUGGUUUCAGUACAUAUAGUCCCUUUGGGAUGCGAUAUGUUAAUAUUUUGUUUUUGUUAUUUUUUCUCUUCUUUUUUUUUGGUUGUGGAUAUAUAGGGCCAGAAGCGGUUGUUUAGAAUCA